CCCUAGCUAUUGAGAACCAUGUCUGACAACGGAGAGCUGGAAGACAAGCCCCCUGCCCCUCCUGUCCGCAUGAGCAGCGCUAUCUUCAGUGCAGGGGGCAAAGACCAGUUACCAACCAACAACAGCUUUAAACCCCUGCCCUCUGUCCCAGAAGAGAGGAAACCCAGGCAUAAAAUCAUCUCCAUAUUCUAUAAUGAAAAAGGAAGCAAGAAGAAGGAAAAGGAAAGGCCAGAAAUCUCCCCACCAUCAGAUUUUGAGCACACCAUCCAUGUUGGCUUUGAUGCUGUCACUGGAGAGUUCACUGGAAUGCCAGAACAAUGGGCUAGGCUGCUGCAGACCUCAAAUAUCACCAAGCUAGAACAGAAGAAAAACCCCCAGGCGGUACUAGAUGUGCUGAAAUUCUACGACUCCAAAGACACAGCAAAACAGAAAUAUCUGAGUUUUUCUGCUCCAGAAAAAGAUGGUUUCCCUUCAGGAGCACCAACGACCAAUGCCAAAGGUUCAGAACCAUCAACAGCUGUGGCAGAUGAUGAUGAGGAUGAUGAAGAGGCUCCUCCUCCUGUGAUUGCUCCACGGCCAGACCACACAAAAUCGAUUUACACCCGCUCUGUCAUCGACCCCAUCCCUGCCCCGGCCGGUGACACCUGCGCCGACAGCGCCUCCAAAGCAGGGGACAAACAGAAAAAGAAAACCAAGAUGUCAGAUGAAGAUAUCAUGGAAAAACUACGCACUAUUGUAAGCAUAGGAGAUCCCAAGAAAAAAUACACCAGAUAUGAAAAAAUCGGGCAGGGGGCUUCAGGUACAGUUUUCACAGCUAUUGAUGUGGCAACAGGGCAGGAGGUGGCUAUUAAACAGAUCAAUUUGCAGAAACAGCCCAAGAAGGAGCUGAUAAUUAAUGAGAUCUUGGUAAUGAAGGAGCUAAAGAACCCCAACAUAGUCAACUUCCUGGACAGUUACCUCGUAGGGGAUGAAUUGUUUGUGGUGAUGGAGUACCUGGCUGGAGGCUCUCUAACAGAUGUGGUCACAGAGACAUGUAUGGAUGAAGCACAGAUUGCUGCUGUGUGCAGAGAGUGCUUGCAAGCGCUUGAGUUCCUCCAUGCCAACCAGGUGAUCCACAGGGACAUAAAGAGUGACAAUGUGCUCUUAGGAAUGGAUGGAUCAGUUAAAUUAACUGACUUUGGGUUCUGUGCCCAGAUCACCCCUGAGCAGAGCAAGCGCAGCACCAUGGUGGGGACUCCGUACUGGAUGGCUCCCGAGGUGGUGACACGGAAAGCCUACGGCCCCAAAGUGGACAUCUGGUCCCUGGGCAUCAUGGCUAUUGAGAUGGUGGAAGGAGAGCCCCCAUACCUCAACGAGAACCCCCUGAGGGCUUUAUAUUUGAUAGCAACUAAUGGCACACCAGAACUCCAGAACCCUGAGAAACUGUCCCCAAUAUUCCGGGAUUUCCUGAACCGAUGUUUGGAGAUGGAUGUGGAGAAAAGAGGAUCAGCCAAAGAAUUGCUACAGCAUCCCUUCUUGAAACUGGCCAAACCUCUGUCCAGCUUGACGCCACUGAUCCUGGCAGCCAAAGAAGCAAUGAAGAGUAACCGCUAACAUCCUGCCACAGCCUUCUUCCUUUUUUGUUGUUUGUAUUUUACAAAUCUUUAUAAUAUAUGAAAUUGU